UUCCGGCGAUGGCGGCCGAGCCGGCGGCGGAGGAGCCGCCCGAGGAGCUGGCGCACGCCGAGGUGCUGGAGCUGUUCCAGGCGGCGCUGGCGCGGCUGGUGCAGGACCCGCUGCUCUGCGACCUCCCCCCGCAGGUGACGGCGGAGGAGAUCGGCUCGCAGGUGGCCCUGGAGUACGGGCAGGCCAUGACGGUGCGGGUGUGCAAGGCGGACGGCGAGACCGUGCCCGUGGUGGUGGUGCAGAACGCGUCGGUGCUGGAGCUGAAGAAGGCGCUGCGGCGGCACAUGCAGCUGAGGCAGGCCCGGCAGGGCGGUGUGCAGCACCUGAGCUGGAGGUACAUCUGGAGGACGUACCACCUCACCUUCAAUGGAGAGAAGCUGGCGGAUGACAGGAAGAAGCUGAGAGAGUAUGGUAUCAGGAACCGGGAUGAGGUCAGCUUCAUCAAGAAGCUUCGCAAGUAACCUGGGAGAGCAGAGAAUCCAGCCCUACCAAAACCAGACUGGGGAUUCAGCACCUUCCUGGAGGAAAAGGUUGUCACACUUCAAAGAGGAACAAACUCAAUUGACUGGACAUUCUCAUGUUUUUUACAGUUGCUGUUUGGGGUCUUUGUCUCUGAGGUGUAUGCGGAUUCAUUCCAGGGAUUAAAGAGACCUUCUUGUU